GGGCACUGCUGCGGGCAGCCAGCCGCUGCGAUGGAUCGAUGCGAGUCCUCUGCGCAAGGCAAAUGUCGUCCCAACAAGCGCUUCCUUCUGUGCUAAACGUGCACUUCAUGAUGGGCUUUUCGCAAGGAUUAGAGUGAACAUUGAAUGUGUUGUGUUAGAAAGUUGUGCUGUGUUAAUUUUCUUAAGCAGUGUGUUAAGCAUAGUUUUAGGUUAUAACGUAAUGUUAAAAUAGAAACUGUGCUAUGUAAGAUACCUUUUUUAAAGAGAGGACUCGCAGCAGAUAGCAGCCACAGGACACCUACAUCUUUCAGAGAAAGAGAAUUUAUUGCUCCCUUAUCAGCAGAAAACGAGCUUCUUCCCACCUCGCCCAGACAUGAAGACAUAGGCUUAAGAGGAAGAAGUUGACAGAAUCCUGGUUUGAAUGGGAUUUGUGCAUCAUGUAUGAGAUGUAUGAAUAUGCAACAGGCGAUUGUUUAUAAGGGUUAAUCCUCUGUUAAUGGGUGUCCUUCUUCGGGCUUGUGUUGCCCAGAAAAGGUACCCAGAUGUCCGCAUCUCUUUGUUUUUAUUGUCUCAUGUUGUCCUAAUCUCAAUUGUUCAAAUUUUAUUACUCUAAUUAUGUUACUGUUGUUACAACCAUUUCAUUACGAUUAAACUUUUAAAAAUGUUAAAAACUAGUGACUGGCAUUUUUCACACUUUUAAUAAUUUACUUCAAGGGCUUCACUUCUUCUGUCAUCCAAUACGAUAAAACCAGUUAAGGCAGGAUCUUCUGAAGAGAUCAGAUUUAUCGGUUCCUAGUUGAGGCUCCUGUACUUUAUUUCUAAACACACUUGAAAAUAUUUUUCUAAUGGUUAAAAAUUAAACCCAAAUCUAACAGCUGACAUUCAAAAGAAUCCCAGCCAGAGCAAUUAGUCUAGGAAGAGAGAUAAAAUUUCAUCAUGCGAAUGCUCCCAGUUUGCUUGGUUUUCUUGUGUCUCUUUUGUCUUUGUGGAUCAGAGAAUGCAGCAUCUAAUGCUGAAAAAAAACAUCUUCAACAGGUUAAGCCUGCCCAGCCAGCUGAGCAAGACAACUACCUCAUAGAAGAAUGCUUGGGCAACCAAUACACCCACAAGUCCUGUAAGAAAGUUUUUUGUCACCCAUGGGAACGAUGUGUGGAGGGAAAAUGCCUGUGCAAGCUUCCCUACCAGUGCCCAAAGAAUGGCUCUGCAGUUUGUUCUACCAGUGGAAAGAACUUCCGUACUUACUGUCAGCUGAAGAGCUACGAGUGCCAGCAACCCAAAGCAAAGUUUCUGCACAGGGGAACAUGCAAGCCUGAAGAAACAUUUUCAGUGUCUCUGGGUCAAGGAGAUUCCAGUUUGCUUCGAGUAAAACCUGUGAAUCGUAAGGAGGACAGUUUUGUGUGUGCUAGUGAAUGGACUAUGAAUGAAGCAAAUGUGGCUUGCAGGCACCUUGGCUUUGAAUUAGGUGCUGAAUAUUACCAAGCCACUUCCAGCAUCACAGAAUCUGCCUUAAAUUCAUUAAACUGUCUGCAAAUAAGUUGCAGGGGCCUAGAGACAAGUCUUGCUGAAUGCCACAUAGUGAUGAAAUCAAGAGAUAGUAAUGAGGGACUGGUUAGCCUGCAGUGCCAUGAAAAUCUCAGAGAUUGUUCAGAUGGGGAGUUUCAGUGUGUCAACAAGAAGUGCAUUUCUCUGAAUAAAACCUGUGAUGGGAUCAAUGACUGUGGAGACCUGAGUGAUGAACUGUGCUGUAGAGAGUGCAGAGAAAACAGUUUCCACUGCCGGUCAAAUAUCUGUAUUCCAAAUAAGAGUGUCUGCAACAAAGAAAUCGACUGCCUCACAGGAGAGGAUGAAGCUGGAGCUACCUGUGCAGGCAAAGAAGAAGGUGCUGAAAAUAACAGUAUGGAUAAAGAAAGAAAAAUUAUAAAGACACUUCUUCCCCAAGUGCACUGUGGUGUUAGGAAUCACACACUAACUCGACGGAAAAGAAUUAUAGGUGGAGAGAUUGCUGGAAAGGGUGAAUUCCCUUGGCAAGUGGCAAUUAAAGACACCAGCAAUGAAGGUUCAACAGUGUACUGUGGAGGGGUUUAUAUUGGUGGCUGUUGGGUUCUGACUGCUGCUCAUUGUGUCAGGGCAAAUCGAGUCCAUCUCUACCUUGUCUGGGUUGGAAUGUUGAACACAAUAGCUUACGACAAAGAGAUAGAUACUUUCAAACUAAACCAAGUGAUAAUUCAUGAAAAUUACAAUGCAUCAACGUAUGAAAAUGACAUUGCUCUGCUGGAGCUGAAAGGUUCUGGGCACGGAGAAUGCUCCGUGGAAGAAAACAGCAUACCUGCCUGUGUCCCCUGGUCAGAGUAUAUGUUUAAGACUGGUGACAGAUGCAAGGUUUCUGGAUGGGGACUAGAGAAAGGUUACACAAAACAAUUUAUCCUCAAGUGGGGAAAUGUUAAUUUAUUUCACAAUUGUUCUGAAUUGUAUCCAGGACGAUUUUUUAAAAAAAUGGCAUGUGCAGGUACCUACGACGGCUCCACAGACAGCUGUAAAGGUGAUUCAGGAGGCCCCCUGGUCUGCUUUGAUGCAGAAGACGUGGCCUACGUGUGGGGCAUUGUGAGCUGGGGUGAGAACUGUGGGGAGGCUGGUCACCCUGGCGUGUACACACAAGUUGCCAGCUAUUUUGACUGGAUUAGCCACCAUGUGUCAAGGGGCCUCAUUUCACGGUACAAUAUCUGAAGCUCAGAAAAUUAAAUGCUUCCUUCAUAUCACCUAUGCAAAAAUAGUCCUUUUCCACAAUCAGCUGUCAUGUAACUUAGCAAGAAUCAGUACAAAUCUUCAAGGAAUGUAUUUUGAAAAUUCUUAACACUCUCUGGAUACCACAUUUUUGCAGAGGCUGUGGGAAGAGAAUUUUACAGGCACAAGUCCACUGCAAAGGUCUCUAAUAAAAGCAGAUAUUAAAA